CACGUAUCAAUCUCUAGUGCUUCUGAUCUUUCAAGUCCGAAUUUUGUUCAUCUCCCAUACAUGAAGACCAUUUUACAGUUAGUCUUAAAUCCAAAUUCGAAGAUUCACCAAAAAUAUGGGUUCUCUUUUCUUAAUUUCUUCGUCAAAAAUCCCAAACUGGUAAUACACAUAAGGUGUUCGAUAGAAUCCCCAAUGCCCAAAAUUUGGGUCAAGGCGUCAAGCUUUGUCACGUGGCUCUCACGUGAUUACGUUUUACAUUGCUGUUAUAUUCGUUGAAGUUCCCGCCUUGACUCUGUUUCUUCUUCUCGCAAUCACAUUCCUCUCUGAAGCAGCGAUCAAGAAAAAGCAAGAGUCUUGAGAAUCGUUACUAUGAAACGUACUACUUUUCUGGAAGAUGCUGAGAGAGUAAAACUCUACAACGAUGCAAGAGCUCUCUUCGCUAAUGGAGAUCACAUCAAAGCCUUGGAGAUAAUCGAAGAUAUAAUUUUAGUCCAUAAGGAAGACGAGAAAUCGUGGAUUCUUCAUAGCGAACAAGGUGAGAUGUUCAAUGAUCUAGCGGGAAAAGCAGAGAACCCUUACGUUGAUUUCACAUACAUGUUGGGUUCUGUAGGAUGUUAUUCGAAAGAUGUGUUGUUAUCACGACCUUGGGCACAUGGACUCCACUAUUUGGCUCAAGAGUCUGGGUCAGUCAUGUAUUACAAGAAAUGUGUGAAUGUAGCAAAACAGGGUUUAUCUGUUACUUUCCCAGAUGCCUCUGAAUCUUUUGCUCAAUUGCUUUUGGAAAACCUAAAGAAUGAUAUGAAGGAAAACCUGGAGACUUUAAUCAAAGAUGCAGAGUCCAAUAUCGCUGAUUCCAAGACUGUAGAACUAAAGGGUUUACUACAACAAGACUUUGAGCCAGAAGUUUUGGAGUCAAAGAAAAGACCAGAGCUGGUUAAGAAUGAGUUUAAAGGAUUGAGGUCGUUUUGGUUAGGUUUGGAUGUUAACGUCAAAAGGGAUUUCAUGAAAGUAAGCAUUGCAAAGCUUAUAGGUUUUGUCAAGGGAGUACAUCAUAGACCGGGACGAGAUGCUUUGAAGCAAAUUCUCGAUUCUGCCAAGGAAGACAGAAAAUGGACAUUUUGGAUGUGCCGAACUAAAUGUUCGAAGAAGUUCUCUAGUGCUGAAGAAUGUAAGAAUCAUCUUGAAAAAGAACAUGCUGCAGAUUAUAAACCUUUUUCGGAAAUGGAUAUGGCCAAAAGGAUAGGGAAAGACUGGACUCGUAAGAUAUCGCUUGGAAGUUGGGAACCAGUGGAUAUAGCAGCUGCAGUUGAAAUGAUCAAAAAUCGGCUCCCAGAGGUGAAAGCGUUUUCAUAUAAGAAUGGAUGGUCCAAAGAAUGGCCUUUAGCUGAGGAUGAAGAGCGCAGUAAGUUACUCAAGGAAAUCAAGUUUUUCCUUGUGAUGUUCUGUGACCUUAAAAUCCUCCCUUGUAGCAUUCGAGACUGGAUGAAGCGUUAUUCGGUUACGCAUCUUAAAAAUCUUAACGUUUCCGAACAAAGUCUUGUCGAUUCUCACCUAGUGGAUACACCUCAGAGUAUUUGUUUUCUGGAAUGUCAUAAACUCAGUUAUAUCCUAAACCUACUGAAACGCAUCAAGUGUGAAAGGGAUGAUGGUACAAAUCUAGUUCGCAGAGCAGUCGACAGUAUCUUGGAUUCUACUCGAUCUAAGGAAAAGAUUGACUUUGACCCGCAGUUCUCAUUUCUGCUUCUGGACAGAAGAUUGCUGAAAAGCAAUAAUGGUCCCUUUGUUGAUGAAGGGGAGAUCAAUGUUUUCGAUCCCAAUGUUCACUACGCCAAGGCACAUGCUCAAGGAGAUGAUAUCGUAUCAUGGUUAACUGACUACAAUUCAGUAGAGAAGACUUUUCCUAGACCUAUCAGGGAGCAUAAUCUUGAUAUCUGGGUGGCUGUUCUGAGAGCUGUUCAGUUCACAUGUAGGACUUUCGGAACCAAAUAUGCAAAGAAAGUGCAGCUCUUUGAUUAUUUGGCAGCCAUUGUUGCCGCCGAGAAAUUGUGUAAGAGCGAAUAUGAAAGGAGAAGAAAGCUUAAAGAAGAUCAGUGGAACAGCUAUGCAUCUCUCCUAUGCGAUAAAUGUGAAGAAUGUUUCUCCAGAAAAAAUUUCCUCAAGAGAAAAUUAUUUUUGUCUGUAGUGAGAGAUAUUCUCGAAGAAGCUUCGGAUUUGACAUUUGAUCUCCCCGAUAUUGAAGGUUGCAUGAAUCUUAUAAGGGAGCAUAAAAGUCUCAACGAUGAUAUAGUGCUGAAGUCCUUAAUAUGUCUGAACUCAGUGGUCAUCUUCAAGAUUUUGCUAAUCGAUUCAAAGAUUUUGCUGGUUGAUAAUUCAAGGAUUAGUUUGCUGAACAACCUCACCAGGCUUUCUUUAUUUGACAACCGCACUUACAUCCUUCAACUACUGAAACCUUUCUUGCUGAAUGAAAUUGUGAAUAUGGAAUCCAAAGCCAAGUCAGAUGCAGCAGUAGCAGAUCUUUUACUCGAGGAGGAGAAGAAGAAUCCAAAGCCAAGUCCGAUACAGUCAAAGAAGAAGAAAAAUACAAGCAAAAAGAGAAAUUCAACGAGCAUGUCUAGUCCUCUCUCUAAGCCUGGUGAACACCUUGAACCGGAAACUACGUCUCCAACAGUGGAGGAAGAUUCUAUGGAACUAGGUGAUACUGUCAAUCAAGAGGAAGUUAUGAAAAACAUGCUUGGAGAAGAUUCACAGUCGGAACAUUUAGAAUCAGCACUUAGUGAAGCUUCAGCCAGAUACAAUUCAGCUCUUGACAUGACGCUGAAGGCCCUCUUGAACAUUAAGAUACUCAAAGAAGAUUUGAUGCACAAUAUGCAACCGUUACAACACCACCUGGAAGACCAAGUUCCUUCCGUGCUACAAAAUUUCUUUACUGCUUUUGUGUCAGAGGAGAUAAAAACUGAGGGAGUCUACAGUUACCUCUUGAGCGACUUACUUGCUCUCCUAGAAGAAGUUCUUUCCAUGUCGAGUGGUGCUGCUGAGGUUCUUGUAGCCAUCCUUGAGUUUUGGCAUUGCUGGAAGAAUGCUGAAAGAGAAAGCCUGGUAACUCGUCUUUUUACGUUGGAGGAAAAGGAAAGAAUGAGUUGUAGAAAAUGCAGAAAGAAACCAAACUAUCCAGAGCAAAGUUCUUAUGGCAUUGUUAUGGCUGCAGAUUCUAUCAGAGACUUGAAGUGUGCUCUUGGGAAUAUAGAGUUUGUGGAUAUCCUUAAGGUGAUCCGGAUGGAUUAUACAAUGCUAUGUGACAUUAAAAACGGAGGCUGUGGAAUAGCAAACUUUAUUCAUCACAUUAUAAGUAAAUGCCCACCUAUCUUCACAAUUGUGUUAGAGUGGGAAAAGAGUGAAACUGAAAAAGAAAUAUCUGAAACAACAAAAGCUUUUGAGUGGGAGAUAGAUAUCAGCAGACUGUACGCAGGCUUAGAACCAAAAACUAACUACCGGCUUGCGUCAAUGGUUGGUUGUGAUGAAAAACAGGAGCACAUUUGCAUAGCUUAUGAAAAGAACCGUUGGGUCAAUCUCAGACGUGAUGCUUUAGCAGGAGAGGAUGUUGGUAACUGGAAGAGUGUGGUUAGAUUCUGUGGAGAAAGAAAGGUUCGGCCAGAGAUUCUGUUUUACGAAGUUGUCCGAUCAAUGGCCUGACAAGUGUUUCAGAAUGAAAACCCAUCAUCGAUGUAUACAAUAGCGACAUGUUUCAGUUCAAAAGAAGUUUUUUUUUAAUUAUAUGAUUUGUCUGGAUGUACAAAACUCAUCUGUUGAUUUUGGCUCUUAUAUGACCAAACGUUAUAAGAUAGUUUUGAUUAACAUUUGGCU